UUGUAGCUUUCAAUCCUACCUUCAAACUCUGCUCCCAAUUUCAAAAGCCUUACCGUGCUUCCCAGAUGAGACUUCGAAGCUUCCCUUACUGGUGGUGAAGCCAAGGAAGGAAAGAGUCGGUGGCAGCCUUCACUGUGCCCUGCCUGCUAAUCAGACGGACUUCUUCUCAGCAGGUCUUAUUUCCAGUGCUGGAUCCUGCACACUGGGGCAUCUUCAUUCAGAUUCACCAUGAUUGAAGACAACAAGGAGAACAAAGACCAUUCCUCUGAAAGGGGGAGAGUGACUCUCAUCUUUUCCUUGAAGAAUGAAGUUGGAGGACUCAUAAAAGCACUGAAAAUCUUCCAGGAGAAUCACGUGAACCUGUUACAUAUUGAGUCCCGGAAAUCAAAGCAAAGAAAUUCAGAAUUUGAGAUUUUUGUUGACUGCGACAUCAACCGAGAACAGCUGAAUGACAUCUUUCCCCUGCUGAAGUCCCACACCACUAUCCUCUCCGUGGACUCGCCUGAUCAGCUCACUGUGAAGGAAGAUGUUAUGGACACUGUCCCUUGGUUUCCAAAGAAGAUUUCUGACCUGGACUUCUGCGCCAACAGAGUGCUGUUGUACGGAUCCGAACUCGACGCGGACCACCCUGGCUUCAAAGACAAUGUCUAUCGUAGAAGACGAAAGUAUUUUGCAGAGUUGGCUAUGAACUACAAACAUGGGGACCCCAUUCCCAGGAUUGAAUUCACAGAAGAAGAGAUUAAGACCUGGGGAACCAUCUUCCGAGAGCUAAACAAACUCUACCCGACCCAUGCCUGCAGAGAGUACCUCAGAAACCUUCCUUUGCUCUCAAAAUACUGUGGUUAUCGGGAAGACAACAUCCCACAACUGGAAGAUGUCUCCAACUUUUUAAAAGAACGCACAGGGUUUUCCAUCCGUCCUGUGGCUGGUUACCUCUCACCGAGAGAUUUCCUGUCAGGGUUAGCCUUUCGAGUCUUUCACUGCACUCAGUAUGUGAGACACAGUUCAGACCCCCUCUAUACUCCGGAGCCAGACACCUGCCAUGAACUCUUAGGCCACGUUCCUCUCUUGGCUGAACCCAGUUUUGCUCAAUUCUCCCAAGAAAUUGGCCUGGCUUCCCUUGGAGCUUCAGAGGAGACUGUUCAAAAACUGGCAACGUGCUACUUUUUCACUGUGGAGUUUGGGCUGUGCAAACAAGAUGGACAGCUGAGAGUCUUUGGUGCCGGCUUGCUUUCUUCCAUCAGUGAGCUCAAACAUGCACUUUCUGGACAUGCCAAAGUUAAGCCUUUUGAUCCCAAGGUUGCCUGCAAACAGGAAUGUCUCAUCACAAGCUUCCAGGAUGUCUACUUUGUAUCUGAGAACUUUGAAGAUGCAAAGGAGAAGAUGAGAGAAUUUGCCAAGACCGUGAAGCGCCCGUUUGGAGUGAAGUACAAUCCGUACUCACAGAGCAUCCAGGUUCUGAGAGACACCAAGAGCAUAGCUAUCGCCAUGAAUGAGUUGCGAUAUGACCUUGAUGUCGUCAGCGAUGCCCUUGCUAAGGACAGACUCAAACCAAAAGCACGGCUUGUGAUUCUUUCCCAGAGAGCCAUUCCUCGACAGCAGCAGCAUGCUUGACUUUUUGAAGAAAACACAAAUGCUAAUCGUCAGAGUGCCUACGUUCCUUAAUCUCAUGCUUUGGCAUUUGGAAUUACAUAAGUAGCAAGAUACAGCAAAAUGCACAGAAUUAUUGCUCAUUUUUAAGUUGGCUUCCAAACCAGAGAAAGAAAGAAGCCAGGACUUCUCAAAAGCACUAAAUAACAGAGACUGUAUGUUAAUUUCCAGGAAGUGGAUAAAGAUAACUGUGGUCCAUUUCACUCUUGUCUUCAUGUUACUGUGCCAUAUACACUUAUAAUUUAAAAGUUUGCUGGUCCACUGGGUAAUAAACUCAAAGUUCAUGAUCUUAA